AUGGCACCGUCAUUCCAAGAAGAAGCUGCCGCUCUUUCUGGGCCCUCAGCAUCAGCUCCAAAACUUGUUGCACCUGAACCUGGUUUGUGCUAUCUCUCUCCUCAAAUACUGUCGCUAACAGGUGAAGAACAUUGCCCUGGCCCCGAAUCCGAACAAGCCGGCAAAGGAGAUGCUUGUGCGGGCUGCCCUAAUCAAGCAAUCUGCGCCUCUGCCCCCAAAGGCCCGGACCCCGAUAUCCCCGUCAUUACCGCUCGUUUAUCUUCCAUACGGCAUAAGAUUCUCGUGCUCUCAGGUAAGGGUGGGGUUGGAAAAUCAACUUUCACGUCACUUUUUGCCAAUGCGUUUGCGUCGAAUCCCAACUCCACGGUUGGAAUAAUGGACACUGAUAUCUGCGGCCCUUCGAUACCAAAGAUGAUGGACGUUGAAAUGGAAACAGUGCAUGUCAGCAAUGCUGGGUGGAAUCCUGUAUGGGUGUCUGAUAAUCUUGCAGUGAUGAGCGUACAGUUCAUGCUGCCAAAUCGAGACGAUGCUGUUAUUUGGCGAGGCCCGAAGAAAAACGGGCUGAUUAAACAGUUUCUGAAAGACGUUGAAUGGGGCGAACUGGACUAUUUAAUUGUUGAUACACCCCCUGGGACUUCGGAUGAGCACCUAUCAGUCAACUCGUUUCUCAAAGAGUCUGGUGUUGACGGUGCUGUUCUGGUUACAACCCCACAGGAGGUGUCUUUAUUGGAUGUCCGCAAGGAAAUUGACUUCUGUCGAAAAGCCGGCAUCCAGAUACUAGGUCUUGUUGAAAAUAUGUCUGGCUUUGUCUGCCCUAAGUGCACGCAUGAAUCACAAAUCUUUAAGCCUACGACUGGUGGGGGCAAAGGCCUGGCAGAUGAAGUGGGAGUACCAUUCUUGGGUGCUGUACCCUUAGACCCUCGAGUUGGCAUGGCCUGCGACUAUGGAGAAAAUUUUAUGGAGCAAUAUCCUGAUAGCCCUGCCUCAGUUGCAUUGAAAGAAGUAGUGAGGGCCGUAAGCCGCCUAAUCGGAGAGGACCCUAAUGAUGUUCUUUCAGAAGACGGAAAACCAUGA